AUGGAAGAAUUGCCCUACAGCAUGGGCCGGCCAGUUUCGCGGAAAAGAGAAAAAACCAACAAUCGUCCUGGAAGCAGUAGCAAGUUACGAUCUUUGGAUCUGGCAUGCCUUUUUUGUGAUGCCAGCUCUCCAUUAUUCUCGGAGAUAUACAAUGGCAGAGCUCCACUUGCUAAAUACACAGUAAACGGGCGACAAUACAGCGUUGGCUACUAUCUUGCAGAUGGUAUUUACCCACCACUAGCAACAUUGGUACAGACAAUUUCUUCUCCAGUUGGACUAAAAAAGAAGCACUACGCACAAAUGCAGGAGUCUGCCCGGAAGGAUGUCGAGCGAGCGUUUGGUGUAUUGAUGUCGCGGUUCGCAAUCAUUAAAACACCGGCUAGGCUCUGGCAAAAAGAUGUCUUGGAAUCAAUAAUUUCAGCUUGCAUUAUUAUCCAUAACAUGAUCAUUGAAAAUGAAAAAGAUGAUCCAACGAUCUGUGAAGCGAACCCUGAAAGCAACAUUGAUGAAAUUACAGCUGACAUCCAUCGGAUAGGUCCAGAAAAUCAGGAGAAAUUUGAGACAUUUUUGUCGCGGUACAAAGCUGUUCAUGAUACUAACCAGCACUUUCAAUUGAGGAAUGACCUAAUAGAGCAUCUAUGGGCAAUGAAAGGAGAAGAAGAUGAGGAAGAAGAUUAA